CGCUCCUCCUCCUUCGUGCCCUUUCCCUUCCCUUCCCUUCCUUUUCCUUUUGCCUUUUCCUUAAACCCAACACAGCGCAGCACAGCACCGCCCAGCCCACCACUCUCUCCUCCCUUUCCUUCUUCGAUAAUCCCUUUUCUUCCUACCAGAAUGGCGACAAAUCUCAUUCCCUUCAGGCCCAUCCCUGUCCGGGCCAGCGCUUCUUCCGGCCACCAGAGGCCCGAUCAAGCCGCCACCAGGAAUGGGAAAGCCUCCUCCGCCGGCUGGUGGACCCCGCUAUUCGGCUGGUCCACCGAGCCUGAUUACAUCGACGCCUCUUCCUCGCCGAUCACCAAGUCCACCAGGGAUCCAGACGGGGGAUCCGCCCUCGGCCCCAGUUCUCCGGCCAGAUCGCGGAUCGCUCCUGGCGGCUUCACAGAGGAGAAGGCGCGUCAGCUUAGGAUGAUGACCGUUGACACGGCAUCGUUCCACGACGCCAUGUACCACUCCGCUAUCGCCUCCCGGCUCGCCUCCGACUUCGGUUGCCGCCCAGAUCUUUGACCUUCUGGUCUGGUCUGGUCUGGUCUGGUCUGUGGGCAAUCUGACCUGAAGUUCGUGUUCGUCCCAUAUGUAUAUUACCUUCUUUUUUUUUUUUCUUUCUUAUUUUCUUUUUAAUGUAAUAAUAAUAACUUCUUUCCCGUUUGGAGUGGACUGGGCGGGAUCUGAUACUGGAUGGGAUGAUGCAAUGUAUUGUAUUUGGGUGAGUGGAUUGAUUAUUAGGGCAUAGUUUUGUACUAAUUAAUUAGUUAUGUACUGAUUAUAAAAAUGUCCUGACAUCGAAGAUCGCUCUGAUCAAUGUUGAA